AGAGGGAAUAAAAAGUUUUCUUAGUAAACGGCUUAAGGCGAAAUGAAAAGAAAAUUGAAUUUUCGUCGUGUCGUUUGAAGAAUCUUCGCUUCGUUAAUUUGAUGGAAUUUCAAGUGCUGAGUCAAGAAAAGUUUUAUUUUUCAUCGUAAUCUCGCGAAACCGAUGGACAUAUUAUUUUAAGAAACGACAGUUUCUCGACGAAUCAGUCACGACACGAAAAAUAUUGCGCGUGUUAUUGAAAAGAAGAAGAACAAAAAAAUAUUUUGCAGGAAAAUAAAAAUCAACAGUUUGAACUCACAAAAAUAAAAAUUAUUUCGGUGUUGAGCUCAGCGAACGAGUCGUGAUAAGAAAGUGAAAGAAGAAAACGAAUGUACAAGUAAAACAAAAUUUUAUUCCAUCGAAAAUUAACUCAGGCCGCUUUGUUUGAGUGCAGUUACAAUAAACAACAAAUAGAAAAGCCGAUUGUAGUGCAAGUGAAAAUUUAUUAGAUUGACCGCAGUCAAUUGAAGUUAAUUGGAAAAGUCGCGACUUGGAAGCAGGUAACCUCAACCUCAUCUACACACAGAGAGCCUUUUGACGACCUUGAGUCAUAAAACAUCGCAACGCAUCAAAGUAACGUGUUAAUAAAUCGCGAGGAACCACAUUAAACAUUUGAUAUUGCGCUAAUUCAAAGAAUACAUGCAUAAACAUAGGAAAUCUUCUUAAAAUUAACAUAUUUAAGCAAGACUAGAACCUGUCAGUUUGUGAAUGAUUAAAACAUAUUUAUUGCGGAAGUGAAUAAAUAUUUAGAAGACGAAGUAUCAAGUUUGAUUAAAAGCUUUAGAUGGCUUAAGGAGAUACACAUUGAAACACCAAGAGAGUAUUGAAUUAUUUACAAUAGCUUAAAAAAAGACGUCAGUAACCAUGACAAUUCAAACAUAAGAAAGCCGUCAUCAACCGAUUAAAUAUUUUCAUUUUAAAUAUAUUUCAAAGAAAAACAUUAUUAGAAAAGUAAAGUGGUGAAGCCAAGAAAAGAAUUAGAAUAAUUACCUAGCAACAUGCGCCGUAACCGAUCGUCCUUCUCGUUUCCGGACUUCAGCUUACGUCGUCUUCUACUGCAUGGAGCUCGUGCAGCUCGUGGAAGUCCAACGUUAGGGAGUCGUUGUGAUAUUGAAAAAGGCACAGGAAGUUCAAGUAAAGGAGAAAAGUCUUCAUCAACCCCGUCAAAUAAGUACAAUAAUAAUGACACCACGUCUCAGUGUUCUGGCACAACAUCAAGUCAUGUUGAUCGCAUUUCUUUCGUAUUUAUGGAGAAAGCUUCAUCACCAAAGUGUCGCAAUAAAACGCCACCAGUGUCAAGUCAAAAAUCAAUGGAGAAUUCACAAGAAUGUCAAUUAUGUUACAUGAAAUACGAUCAAUCUGAUGACAUGUACACGAUGUUAAAUUGCAAGCACACUGCUUGUCGCAUCUGUCUCGAAAGUUAUUUAACAAUCGAGAUCACAGAAUCAAGAACUGACAUUGCAUGUCCACAAUGUGCUGAAUCAAUGCAUCCGUCGGACAUUCAAAUACUGCUCAAGACACAUCCUAAUGUGAUAUCGAAAUAUGAAGACUUUAUGGUGCGCCGUGUGCUUCUUGCCGAUCCCGAUUCAAGAUGGUGUCCAGCACCAGAUUGCAGUUAUGCUGUUAUUGCAACAGGAUGUGCUUCGUGUCCAAGACUACGUUGUGAACGACCAGGCUGUGAUUUGCAAUUCUGUUAUCAUUGUAAGGCUGAAUGGCAUCCAGACCAGACUUGUGAUGCAGCAAGAGCUGCACGACACAGUCCCACAAGACAAACGUCGGGUGGCAGUAAUCAAGAUCCACAAAAUCGUGAUGACAUUAAACCAUGUCCACGAUGUCAAGUAUUAAUAGUCAAAAUCGAUGAUGGCUCGUGUAAUCACAUGGUGUGUGCAGUAUGUGGUUCAGAAUUUUGUUGGCUGUGUAAGAAGGAGAUAACGGAUUUACAUUAUUUAAGUCCGUCUGGAUGUACAUUUUGGGGUACAAAGCCAUGGUCGAGAAAGAAGAAGCUUCUGUGGCAAUUGGGAACACUUGUUGGUGCUCCUGUCAUGAUUGCACUAGUCGCAGGAAUUGCCGUUCCUGCAAUGAUAAUUGGAAUUCCCGUUUGGGUUGGUCGUAAACUUCACACUCGUUACAAGGGUGCAAGUAAACACAAACGAAAUUGUGCUGUGAUGGGCGGCGUUGCUGCUUCGAUGCUCGUAUCGCCUGUGUUGGCGGGACUUGCUGUAGCCAUUGGCGUUCCAAUUCUUCUUUUUUAUGUUUAUGGUGUUGUUCCAGUUUCAUUAUGUCGCGCCGGAUGUGGUGUGUCAACAUCACGCGAUGGCGUGAAAUUUGAAUUCGAUGAAGACGAAGAAACAGUAAGAAAUCACGACACACAGAGCGUUGAUGCCGUUUCAAGGAUUGGCGCAACAAGCAUUGGUGAAGUUAGUUUGAGUGUUGCAAGUGCAAGUCAGUUUGGGGGUGCCACUAAUUCAAUAGCACGUGAGUCGACGACAGCAUUGGCUGGUAGUAUUAAUGGUUCAACAGCAGGACAUAAAUUAGAAGUUCAAGCCGAUAUCAGCGAGACCGCGUCUGCAAUAACUUGUGUGAGUGAGAAGUCAGCAAAUAACGGACAUGACACAGCAUCAACGAAAGCUUUAGCCGGUUCCAUCUUGAACUACCGACAUGUCAAUGCUUACGACCAGUCAUUAAUCUUAAGUGAAGACACGACAUCUGAACGUGUACGUUUCGACAAUAUGAUUUAUGUAUUAGAUGGUCAAAAGGAAGGAGAUUGUUGGUAUACAGCGCCUUUAGAUCAGGAAAUGGCAGCUGAUAAAGCAAGUCUUAGUAGUGCAAGAUCAUUUAGAAGUUCUGAUCUUGAUUCAACGAGCAUCACAUCAAUGCACAAACGAAUGGCGCAACGAACGAAACUUCAACAUCGUGCAAUGUCGAUUGACAGUAAUAGUGGAUCCAAUAAUAUCCCCGAAAGUCCUGAAGACGCUCCAACUGUAACUUUUUCUACUCAGGAAUGUAAACAACCAUCAUCCGGUCGAUUAACACCCGCAUCAUCAAUGGGAAGUAUCAAGUCAAAUAGUAAAAGCCCUCAGCCGGCUAAAAAAGGCCUCAGCAAGUCCAACAUUUUGCGGAAUAUUUUCUUCUCCGGAUCAUCAAAUUCAUCUAAGUCAUAACUUUCAUAAAUCUGAUAAAAGAAAUCACGUCAUGAAGCGUCCAUGUUAAGAACUUAAAAUAGUAUUCAUUUUAAAAACAUGAAAUUUAUGCAACGACUCAAACAAACAAGGAAAAUUUUUCGUUUUUUCAACUCUUUACAAUUUAUAAGAAUUGACAGAAAAUGUUCUUUUAAAAUAUUGAGAAUUUGUGUGGAGAUUCAAAAUUUUCUAGCUCAUUUCGAGUGUUAGAAUUUAUCCAUGUGAAUAAAGCAAAUUUACAAAUAUUUCAUGGUUGAUUCUUUAAUGAAACUUACGACAAGAAAUGAUAAUAGUCCGUGCUAUGUUAUUGAUGGAUGAUUUCCAAAAUAUAAUCUUUUCAUUUUUUGAAAGUAAUACUGAAUUUGUAUAACAUUUGUUUAAUUAGUUAUAUUUGAGUCGUUCAUUAAUAUAUUUACAUUUUUGAUAAUUUGGUAGAAUCUCUACCUUAAACAAUAUAAAAAGAAAUAAUCAACAAUUUUUAUUCAUACAAAACUGAACUGAUAAAAAGUUUACAUUAUGCUGCUUAAGAUUUAGUCGCUUAUUCAUUGUAAUGUAAUGGAGUAGAUAAUGAAAUAUUUUAGACAUUUAAAUAUUGUCUCAUCAAUUAAGGAAACAUGUUUUAUUAAGAAGCAGAAACAGCAUUUCUAAGCAGACGGAGGAAAAUAAAUUAAAAUUCAUUAUCUAAAGGAAAAAAAUUAUAAUUUAAACUUUAAAGCCAAAAACAAGGAAACCAAUUAUUAUGAAAUCAAUUACAAAAGUUGUUCAAUGCAUUAUUGCUGCUUGAAGGUUACUUAACUGCUUAAAAGUGCAAAAAGAAAUUUUUGCUGUCGAUGCCAUAAAUAUGAAGAUUAAAAUCUAGAGAAUUCGGAAAAACUUCUUAUGAGAAAAGCUUUCAAAGAAUAAAUAUUUUUAAGUAUUUGCAUUGUCGUCGUUCAUCAGUUUUUUAUAUUUUAUGAUGACGGAAAGAUAAAUUGCAUUCAAUUAUUUUGCCAAUUUAAUUCUUAUUUUAUUAUAGAAAGAAGUUUCUAAAUCAUGUUUACGACUAAGUUUUUUUUGUAAGAAAAAUAAACGUUCAUUGAAAUUAUCUAUAAAACUUUUAAUGUUUUUUUUUAUUGAGAUAUUUAAUUACAGG